AUGAAGGGAACAAGGGAUCGUGAUAUCUACCUUCUCAAUGGUCAAGUAGUGACAAGAAUGGAAGCAGUGGCAGUACAAGCAUCAAGUAAAGCCAGCCUGUGGCAUCAAAGACUGAGACAUGUAAGUCUAAAAGGAAUGCAAAUUCUAGACAUACAAGGAAUGCUAGGUGGGGACAUGAUUAGUGAUCUUGAAUUUUGUGAGUCUUGUGUGUAUGAAAAGAUGCAUAUGGUCAAGUUCUCUACAGGAAAACAUUACUCAAAAGGAUUUCUGGAAUAUGUUCACAAUGAUCUAUGGGGCCCUACAAAGAUUGCUUCACAUGGAGGUAACAAGUGA